CCCAGUGGCAGGAGCUUAUCAUCUGGGGAGAUUCAACAACAUCAUGAUGCUGACAAGACAGAGAAGAGUCUCUCGAGAUCAGAACACCUCAAGAAGCACCAGCAGAGAUGUAUAGGGAAGAAACCUCACCACUGCUGCUUUGACUGUGGGAAGAGUUCUGCUAAACAGAGGGAAUUUAUAAUUCACCAGCGUAUUCACACUGGAAAGAAACCGUACCACUGCUCUCGGUGUGGGAAGCGUUUCACUGCAUCUAAAACCUUAAAAUCUCAGAUAAUUCAUAUAGGGGAGAGGCCUUACCACUGCUUUGAUUGUGGGAAGAGCUUCAGUCAAUCAGUAGCCCUGACUAAACACGAACGCAUACACACAGGAGAGAAGCCUUAUAGCUGUGAUCAGUGUGGGCAGAGCUUCAAUCGUUCAGGACACCUGACUACACACCAACGCAUACACACAGGAGAGAAGCCUUAUAGCUGUGAUCAGUGUGGGAAGAGCUUCAAUCAUUCAGGACACCUGACUACACACCAACGCAUACACACAGGAGAGAAGCCUUAUAGCUGUGAUCAGUGUGGGCAGAGCUUCAAUCGUUCAGGACACCUGACUACACACCAACGCAUACACACAGGAGAGAAGCCUUAUAGCUGUGGUCAGUGUGGGAAGCGCUUCAAUCAUUCAGGACACCUGACUACACACCAACGCAUACACACAGGAGAGAAGCCUUAUAGCUGUGAUCAGUGUGGGAAGAGCUUCAAUCAAUCAGGACAGCUGACUAUACACCAACGCAUACACACAGGAGAGAAGCCAUAUAGCUGUGAUCAGUGUGGGAAGAGUUUCAAUCAAUCAGGUUAUCUGAUUACACACCAACGCAUACACACUGGAGAGAAACCUUACUCCUGUCUAUGUGGAAAGAGCUUUGCUCGUUCUGGAUCACUGAAAAACACCAGAAUUCACAAACAUGUCAUCUUUUAUCUCCCUCCUCUCCUGCACCGGUUCCAGAUCCUUAAAUAAAGUUUAAAUACAUUACUCUUUACAAUAUGUUUUCUAUCUCCCAUUCUCUAACAGUUUACUAAAUCUGAUUACCGUGGUAACUUGUGUAGGAUAAUAUGCAGCUCUGGAUCCAAAUGUAUCAAACGUCUUGGAGUAGGAGUGUUGUGGGGUGGGGGAUUUUGAGGUGGGUGGGUGUUUUCAAAGCUGUAUCUUAUUUAAUUAACUUCUAUUAUCUAUUAAAUAAUGUAGAAUAAUGUUUCAACAACAGUAGGUGUGUAUUAUUGUGUGAGGGAAAUAGCCUUGAAUUGUACAUCUUGUCUCAUACAAUCAUUGGUUCCUGUAGGUGCUGGGUAAAGAUAUGAGGGGGAGGCGGUCAUGUCCCCCUCAGAACUUUUGGCAGAACGCCCAGAAUAUGUUCUAUAAGUUAAGAUAGGAGAUGGUGCCAGUCAUAUGCAGUGCAGGAACCAAAUGUUAAUUAUGAAUUAAUUAUGAACAAUUAUUAAUGUAAGUCAUGCAAAUAUUAUUUGUCUGUGUAAGCAGUAUAUAAGAGAACUAACGGGACUGCCCCGAAAGAGCUCCUGACCGACGUGUACUAUGGUGCAUUAAGUUUGUUCGAACCUCUCCAGCUUGCUGGUAAUAAAUAACUAUUCAUUUAA